GAAGCAGCAUAGCACAAUUAAAAUAUGAGAAUAUGCUUUGGCCCUGCUCUGCAAAUUAUCCCUAUUAUUCUCUCUUGCAAUUACUUUAUUUCUCUUUGUUGUCUACAAGCUAUUAAAUUGUAUCUCCAAAAACGCUUUCGGUUUUUGAUUUGGACUUGCUUUCGAUUUUGACAUGGAGCUCGUUCAGGACUUCGUUUGGACGGCGUCGGUGGCGCUCAUCCUCUCCUUCUUCGUCGCCAAGCUCGUCGCCAUCGCCAUGGCGGACCGCGAACCCGAACCGUCGGAGUUCAAAUCCACUGAGAGCGCCGGCGAUGGAGUCGAAGAGGUUUAUCGGAGCCAGAGGAGCGUUCAACUUCAAUUCGCCGCCGCUCAAGUGCAAGAGGUUGAUCGGUUCCAAGUUAAACCGGUCGAAGAGGCCGUUGGAGUUGCGGAGAAAUCCGACGACGGCGAGGAGGUGUCGGUUGAGAAAGCGAUUGACUCUGAUCGUCGACGUGGCCACGAGGAUGAGGAAAUUUCGGAGGAUAGACAAGUGGAUGCGCAAUCAGCACGGAACGACGUCGUUACUGCACAUGAAGCGGUUGAGGUCAAAUCGGUAAGUUACAGCGAUGAAGAUGACUGGGAAGGAAUUGAGAAGAGUGAGCUGGAUGAAGGCUAUACUGCGGCGGUGAAAUCCGAGGGAGGAUGAUCGGGUCCUUCUUCAUAAGAAAUGAUGGAGCUAGUGAAAACAGGAAAGGUAAUUUGAAC